GCAUGUUUGAAGCGGGCGACAUUAAUCUCCUGCACCAGCUUAACUCUGUCCUUGUUAACAUCUCAAAGUCGUUUACUAAAAUUAUUAACGUUUCUGCAGCUAGAUUUGAUAACUAAUAUAUGUAUAUUUUCUGUAACCCAACGUUAACAUCCAGUAUAUGAGUUGUUAAAGAUGAGUUCACCAUGCUCCCAGAUCUUGCUGAAAAGCACCACUUCCAUAUCAUUAGAUGAGCGCUUCACCAUGAUGUUGCAGAGUCAGCAGGUGCCUUUGACUGACAUCAAGGACACCAUUCCCCAGCAGCUGACAGCUUCAGUGAAGAACCAGCGCCUGGCUCAGCAAAUGGCCAACCGUCCUUCAGUUCUGGCUGCCCUUCAGAACAAAUUAAGUGUGAAGCAGCAUCAGUUUAAGGGCAAUGUCAAAGCAAGGCUUGGGAGGCCUAUGAUGAGAGGUGGCCUGCGUGAGAUGCCCAGGUCAUGGGGAAGACCAAGAGGAAGAGGCUUACUACUGAGGGGAGCUUUGUCACAUAGAUUUACAAAUGGGAGCCUGAUUCAACAACAGCAUGGACCUUAUAUAAACAGAGAAGGACUGGCACGAAGUAGAGGACUAAGAGGAGCUAUCAGAGGCAAAGCAGGUAGAGGCAUGCUUUUUGUAGGCCGUGGCUCGGCUGGAAGAAGACCAGAUUUCCGCCCUCUUCCCACUCGAGAGGAGCUGGAUGCACAGCUAGAUGAAUACAUGUCCAUGACCAAGAGUCAAUUGGAUGCCCAGCUGGAUGAAUACAUGGCAGAAGUUGACCCUGAAGACCUACCCUGUUAAGAGCACUGAUCAUCCCCAAACAUACAAGUAAAAUUUAGAACUAAGUCUUACUUGAUAUUGUUGAGGUGACAUUUGUUUGAGCAGACUGCAGUGCAUUUUCCCAGCUUACGUACAACUUGUUAUUGCAGCAUGCUUUGUGGCAUAAAAAAAAAAUCUAAAGUUUUAGAAGCUUAUACAUGAGUCCUGUGGAAAGUCUGUAUCCCAAUUUUUUUUGGUUCUUGCAUCUAUUCAUACAGAAAUCUGUUACAGAAAUGGGAAGAAUGUGGGACACUCUAGUUUAAUUUCUUGGACUUAUGUAGUCUUGAUAAAAGUAUUGGACAAUUAAAACAAUAUUCUCUAUAUUGCAACAUUUAUAGCAGUUAGAAAAGACCUAUAUUUACACAAGCUGGCAUAUGUUCAGGGUGACACCUAAUUAACUGAUCUGUUGGGGGGCAUAAUAGUUUAAUCUGUCUGGUGCUGUGAAAAUCUUUAUUUAAAAAAAAAAAAAGUGAAGAGCUGAUAGCUCUCUUAUACUUUGCACCAGUUUCAAUAAUACUAAUGCACCCAGCUGCCUAUUUUUGUUCCUAGUUAUUUCAUUUUAGUCUAUGUGGUCAGGCUAAAAUGUUUUGAAGAGCUGCCUUUGUGUCUAGAUAUUUUCUGAAUUUUUGAAGAGCUGCCUUUGUGUCUAGAUAUUUUCUGAAUUUUUGAAGAGCUGCCUUUGUGUCUAGAUAUUUUCUGCAACAUGUUGAGAUUAUCUAAUAAUUAUUAAUGUUUGGCUUAUUCUAGUGAUGUAUGUGAUUUAUAUGUUCGCUUAAUAUUUCCAAAUACAUUGUUAAGCACUGUGUAUCCUGCCACUGCAUUAUUAGAACCAAGCACUGUGACUAUGGUGACCAGUAGCUAUUGGGCUCAUAUGCUUUAAUAAUUAGCUGCAGUUGGCUUGUUUUUCAUUGUUUUGUUUAUUUAUUUAUUUAUCUUUUGAAUGCAGUACAUCCAGGUUCCACCUCAGAGAUAUUUAUAUAAUUUACUUGAGGGUUAGUUUGGUUAUCACAUUUUAAAUGUAAUUCCAUUUCAUUACAUCACUUUGUUCAAGCUAAACAUUUUGUUUCAAGUUGAUCAGUCAGAAGAUCGUGGCAAUGUGACGUAAAAACCUGUUUGUUCAUAUUUGCUUAACUGUUUAAAAAUCCAGUUUCUGUACAUUUUUGCCACUAUAAUCAUAUCUUUCCAUUUAUUUAAUAAAUGU